CAUGCGCAGUGGGCACCCGGCUGUCAAAGUCGGGUGCCCACAGUCUGUCAAAUUCAGGUACCCGCUCCCCCUCCCUCCCUAAAGGUCUGCAGUGUCUGGUCAUGCCCUGUACUGUCUGCAGUCUCUGGUCAUCCCCUGUACUGUCUGCAGUCUCUGGUCAUCCCCUGUACUGUGUCCACAGUCUCUGGUCAAUCUCCUGUACUAUGUCCGCAGUCUCUGGUCAUCUCCUGUAGUAUGUCCGUAGUCUCUGGUCAUCUCCUGUAGUAUGUCCGCAGUCUCUGGUCCAUCUCCUGUACUGUGUCCGCAGUCUCUGGUCCAUCUCUGUACUGUGUCCGCAGUCUCUGGUCCUUCUCCUGUACUGUGUCCGCAGUCUUUGGUCCUUCUCCUGUACUGUGUCCACAGUCUUUGGUCAUCUCUUGUACUGUCUGCAGUCUCUAGUCAUCUCCUGUAAUGUGUCCGCAGUGUCUGUUUUUUUCUU